AUGUGCGUGUUUCACAAAAACAGGGUACAGAAUAACAAAGCUUGCAUAUCAUAUGCAGGUCUUGCUUAUGAGAUGGAUGAAAGUGAUUUACAAGAAGUUUUCCAGCAAUAUGGAUCAUUAAUAGAAGUUAAAAUUGUCACUGAUAGAGAUUCUGGUAGGUCUCGAGGGUUCGGCUUUAUUACUUAUAUAUCUCGUAACGCAGCUAGCAAUGCUCUUUGGCACAUGGAUGGCAAGGUACUCUAUGGUCGAAGGAUAAAGGUCGAGCUCGCCCGUCAACAUUGUCCUCGUCCAUUAGUUCGUGUUAAUGAAAGUGGACUUGAAGUUAAUGAAAGUGGAUUUGAAGUUAACGAGUUUCUAUAUGACAGCCUAGAUGACAGUAGAUAUGAGUCUCUAAAUGGCUAUGAGGAGGAAUUAAAGAGAGAAUGGAAGAAUCUUAUGAAGGCCUAUGUUGAAGAAGCUCGCGAGUAUGUUUCGUAUCUUGUUUAUUUGUAUACUACUUUCAUGAUUGUUGGCUUUUCUUGUGUCAAGUCAAUGAUAACGAUGACGACUUGA